CGUGCACAUAUGUUUGUUGUGGUAAAAUAGCAGUGAUCAAGCGUGCUGCGGCAUGGAUGCAAGAUGUUUUGACCACAGCAGACAUCGAAUAGCGUGCUCGCGCUCACUUAGACAACAUGGAGGAAUAAAAUACAGUAAAACAGCGGCGUCCUGCUCUAUCCAUCUCAUCGAGCACAGCACGUGAAGCAUGCAAUGCAUUUAUUCAGAAUGGGGUUUUUUUUCGCUCGCGCUGGCCUGCCGUCGCAAAUGCAUAACAAUGUUUGUCAUAUUAUGCAUGCAGAUGUGUAGUACAGCUGCAUCCAUUAGCUGUUAAGAGCCCUUGGAAUAAUGAGCCAAACGUCAGAGCCUUCAGCUGAUGCAGCUGUGACUGAAGCUCCAGUCACUCAAUCUGAAACCAAGCAAUCAACAGCAGGGAAGAAACAGAACAAAAAGAAAGUGGAAGAAGUGGUGGAGGAGGAAGAAGAGGAGUAUGUUGUGGAGAAGGUCCUGGAUCGGCGUGUGGUGAAGGGAAGAGUGGAGUAUUUCCUAAAGUGGAAAGGCUUUUCUGACGAGGACAACACCUGGGAACCAGAGGAAAACCUAGACUGUCCUGACCUCAUAUCAGAAUUCCUUAAGUCGCAGAAAACGGCCGAAUCUGGAGGCAAGAGGCGGGCCGAGUCAGACGGAGAUGGAAAGGAGACCAAAAAGCGCAAGGAUGAGCCUGAGAAACUCAGAGGUUUUGCACGUGGUUUGGAUCCUGAGAGGAUUAUUGGUGCUACAGACUCAAGUGGAGAACUCAUGUUCCUCAUGAAAUGGAAAAACUCUGAUGAAGCUGAUCUAGUACCAGCCAAGGAGGCAAAUGUAAAGUGUCCACAAGUGGUCAUCUCCUUUUACGAGGAACGUCUCACCUGGCAUUCAUACCCCACUGAAGAGGAAGAGAAGAAGGAUGACAAAAACUAGACACACACAUACACACACA